UGUAAACUCCCCGCUUCAGACACACACACCCUGCACUUUGAACGCUUCAUCAGUGAGUCUGAUUAAAGUAGAUAUGUACUGUUCAACUCUUUCUGUUACUACACUAUUUACCCUCUAUAGGGUUACCAUUGUAGCCUCUUGACCUUUUCUGCAUCAUUAUGAUUGAGACUAAAGCAAAACAGUUCCAAAUAUUAGCCCUUAUAAGAAGCACAAAGAUCACCACCCUCAUUCCCCUCUCUGCCCCACCCCCAGAAAAACCCCACAUCUCUCUUGAGCGCCAUGGAUAAUCAAAGAGGUUUUCUUCUCAACUGGGCUUAUUUACACCAAGGAGAAAAGAGUAUGGAUGAGGUAAGGCAGUCUGUUCUGCUGAGUAUGGAACUGGAGGAGACUAGAGUCAGAGCACAAGAGGAGCUCAAAAUCAGAGAUCAAGAAAUUGCCCAACUCAAACAGCUCCUCAGCAGAGUCAUUAAAGAGAGGGAUGAAGCUCAAGCAAAGUGCCACAAAGUGUUGUAUCAGAAGCUACUGCUGCAGCACUCAGCUCCCCAUUCUGGGGUUUCAAGCCUCGAAGAUGAUCCCAGAAGAGGAAUCGACUCCUACAAUGGCUUUUCUUCCUCAGACUGCGAUGAAAGCGUCGUCUCGCCGCCGCCGCCGGAGCCAGUACCAAUUGAGGCCGAAACGGAUUUGCCUAUACCACUCAACAGGCCGCUGCCGGAAAAAGGGAAGCUUCUGCAAGCAGUGAUGAAAGCGGGUCCGCUGCUACAGACCCUCCUCCUCGCCGGCCCUCUUCCGCAGUGGCGCCAUCCUCCGCCACCGCUUGACAGCUACCAAAUCCCACCACCUCCGGUGGUGAUCCCGCCGGCGCUGCCCGCACAUCAAGAUUCGUUAAUCAAGUGCGGGAGUAUAAUGAGUAGGAAGAGAGGUGCGGGUGAGGGGUCUGAAUCUGAUUCAUCCAAUGAAUUACUCAAGUACCAAAGAGUUGUCCUUCAAUGACAGUACUACCCUAAGAAACCAACCAUGUCUGUCUACCUUUUUUCUUAUUUUUGCUGUCCUUUUCUUACAAUUUAGCGGUCAAGAUUAGGAAAGUGGGAACUGCAGCUGAUGUGUGUAGCACUUUCGUGUACAGUGGUUUCUUUCCUUAAAGAAGUGAAAGCCAAGAUCCAAAGCUUGACCAUUUGACGUUUGUUUGUCGUCUGCUUUAUU